UGUGAGCAUCACUUCUGCAAUGACUGCUAGGUAGCGCAAGAUGCAAAUAUGUACUGAAAAUUGUGGUACUUUAGCAAUAAUCGUACCUUUAAAUAAAAUUCACUAAUUAAAAUUUUCUUGAAGUAGAACUGAUUUUAUUUAAAUUUUUAGUGUGUACUUAUAUUUAUUUUGUGUGUUAGGAAAUUAGUCAUAAUUUAGCUACAACUUGCACGUUGUACGACCCGCCGUCGUGUUACUGUUAGAUUUGAUACUGUUAGUGUUAGUUACGACGUAGCAUUCUUGUAAGUUAUUACUAUCAUACAGUGCUUAUUUUAAAUUAGAAGUAAUUUUUUCGUGAACUGUUGCUCAAGUUAAUUCAAAAGAUAAAUACUAAAAAUGAUAGAAGAUGACAGAAAGUUAUUAAUUCUUUACGGCAGUCAAACUGGAACUGCCAAAGAUCAUGCUGAAAGGACUGCACGUGAAGCUCGGCGAAGACAUUUUAUGGUAAAAGUUAUGGCUAUGGAUGAAUAUAGAAUAGCUAGUUUAAUAAAUGAGAAAUUGGUACUUUUUGUAUGUGCUACAACAGGUCAAGGAGAUGAGCCAGAUAACAUGAAAACAUUUUGGCGUUUUCUGUUACGUAAAAAUUUGCCAUCAGAUUCCUUAUCACAAAUGAGUUGUGGAGUUAUAGGUCUUGGUGAUUCUUCUUAUCUGAAAUUUAAUGUUGUUGCAAAAAAACUCCACAAAAGGUUGUUACAGCUUGGAGCAUCUGCAAUAUUAAGUCCAGCUCUUGGGGAUGACCAACAUGAACUCGGACCAGAUGCUGCUAUAGAUAUUUGGCUCACAUUUUUCUGGAACAAGGUUCAGACAAUGUACCCUCUUCCACCUGGAGUUGAAAUAAUAAGUAAAGAUAUUUUAAGCCCACCUCGUUUUAGGGUACAGUUUCUGACAUAUGAGGAAGAAAAAGAUUUGGCAGAUGAAGUCAUUGAAGAAAACAGAGCUUCUUUAGAAACAAUUCCAGAAAUAGAAAGUCCUCCAUCUCAAGCUUCUCCUUUUAAAGCUAGAAUGAUAGGCAAUGAAAAAAUGACCGCAAAGUCUCAUUUUCAAGAUGUAAGAUUAAUCUCAUUUGAUGUACAAGGCUCUAAAAUUGAGUAUAGACCAGGAGAUGUGGUGAUGAUAUACCCUCAAAAUUUGAAGGAAACAAGUACAGAGUUUCUGAAGUUGUUAGAUGUUUCUCCAGAUCAGAAAUUUAUUCUUCAUCAAGAAGAUCUAGACUCUACUCUUCCAACUGAAUUACCCCAGCCUUGCAGUGUCCAAGAAUGCGUGGAGAGAUAUUGGGAUAUUCAGUCCAUUCCAAGAAGAUCAUUUUUUGAACUUCUGUGGCAUUUUAGCCAAGAUGACAUAGAACAGGAAAAACUUCAAGAAUUUACAACAGCAGAGGGUCAAGAAGAACUAUAUUCCUAUUGUAACAGACCUCAUCGUACAGUGCUUGAAGUAUUACAAGAUUUUCCUCAUACUACCCCAUACAUUCCUUUUGAGUACUAUUUUGACUUGAUUCCUCCUAUUAAACCUCGUGCUUUUUCUAUUGCUUCCUCACCUACAGUACAUCUAGGAGAAAUACACAUAUUAAUAGCAAUUGUUAAUUUUAAAACAAGGUUGCAAAAACCUAGACUUGGUCUUUGCUCGAAUUGGUUAGCAAAUAUUAACAUGGAAGAUAUUAGUAAAAUUCCUUUGUGGGUUCGUAAGGGGUCCAUUACCAUGCCUCCUGAUGAUGUUCCUGUUGUGAUGGUAGGUCCUGGAACAGGAUGUGCCCCAUUUAGGUCAUUUAUUUUUGAAAGAGCAUCCAGAAAUAUAGUUAGGAACUACUUGUUCUUCGGUUGCAGAAAUAAAUGUGGAGAUUUCCUUUGUAGUAGGGAUUGGUUGUCUCUAGUAAACAGUGGUAUGCUUCAUCUCUUCACAGCCUACUCUCGAGAUCAAGAGCAUAAAGUCUAUGUACAGCAUAAAAUUUUGGAGCAGGCACAACUAGUGUGGGACCUAAUAGAAGAGCAGGGUGCAUGGGUGUAUGUUGCAGGUAAUGCUAAACAGAUGCCUAUAGAUGUUAGAAAAGCUUUUCUGAAAAUUUUUCAAGAAUGUGGUGGGAAAACUGAUCAACAGGCAGAGAAGUAUUUGAAAAACUUAGAGCUGAAGAAAAGAUUUCAAAUGGAAGUUUGGUCUUAAAAGGAUUCAGUUUGGGAAUGUAUCUACCAGGCUUUUCACUAGAACUUUGUUUGGUGAUGCCUGAUACAGGCAUACAAAAUGAAUCUGAUGAUAGAUAUAUCAUAAUACUUUAAAUCUUUACCACUGUUGGUAAAAUACUUUUGUAUAUUUUCAAUAUUUCUGUUGAAUAAAGACUUAGUGA